AUCCCUUGAGCCAUCAACUCUACUAUUCAACUCAUCCUCACAUCUCAAUCCAGUUCCAACAUUUCUCGAGCUAGCUUGUCAUCAGAAGCUCCGGCCGGUCAUGAGGUCGCCGUGGUUGGUUCUUGCGGCGGCGGCUCUCGCCGUGUCCGUCUCAUCGGUCACGGCAUAUCCGCCGCCGUCCAACUCUUUGAAGGUUGGGUUCUACGAGCACUCCUGCCCGCAGGCGGAGGCCAUAGUGCGCGACGCCGUUCGCCGUGCCAUCGCCCGUAACCCCGGCUUCGCCCCCGGCCUCAUCCGCAUGCACUUCCAUGACUGCUUCGUCAGGGGCUGCGAUGGAUCCGUGCUGAUCAACUCGACCCCGGGCAACCGGGCGGAGAAGGACUCGGUGGCCAACACCCCGAGCCUUCGAGGCUUCGAGGUGAUCGACGACGCCAAGGCCAUCCUGGAAUCCGUGUGCCCGCGCACGGUCUCCUGCGCCGACAUCCUCGCCUUCGCCGCCCGCGACAGCACUCUCCUCGCCGGGGACAUCGCCUACGCCGUCCCCUCCGGCCGCCGCGACGGCCUCGUCUCCCGGGAAUCCGAGGUGCUCGAUAACAACGUGCCGCCGCCCACCGACGAGGUCGGCGCCCUCAUCGCCUCCUUCGCACGCAAGGGGCUCAGCGCCGACGACAUGGUCACGCUCUCCGGCGCGCACACCAUCGGCCGUUCCCACUGCUCCUCCUUCACGCAGCGGCUCCACAACUUCACCGGUGUCCGAGGACGCACCGACCCUUCCAUCGAGCCGUACUACGCGGCGGAGCUCAAACGGAGGUGCCCGCCGGAGACGAACGACAUGAACAACCCCACCGUCGUGCCGCUUGACGUCGUGACGCCGGUGCAGUUUGAUAACCAGUACUUCAAGAACGUGCUGGCGCAUAAGGUGCCGCUCACGUCGGACCAGACGCUGCUCACCUGCAAGCGCACCGCCGGGAUUGUUGUCUUCCACGCCGCUGUGGAGAAGGCGUGGCGGGCCAAGUUUGCGGUGUCGAUGGUCAGGAUGGGCAACGUCGGUGUGCUCACCGGCGACCAGGGCGAGAUCAGGGAGAAAUGCUUCGCCGUCAACAGACGCUACUAAGCCACUCGCAGGCUUCCAAUAUCUGUUAAUCCAAAUUUCAGUGCAGUACACAUGUGUGUUCAUGUUGGUCCUUCAGUUUCUUGUGAGUUCAUUUCCCAAUGUGAAUUGUUGUUGUUCGUUUGUGUCAAGAAAGGAGUAAUUAAGAAAGAAACAAUCUUGUGUGCAGAUCAGACCAGAAAUUUCUGGUGCUUCGUUAGCACGAGCGAGCAGAUUUUCUCUU